GGGUUUAUUUUUCAUCGGACCUUGAUGUAAUUCUAUUUAAGCUGUUACAAUAUGGUACAACCUGUAGUUAGGUAAAAUAGAUACAUGGGAAAAUUCGACAAGUGUAAAAUUCAGGAAAAAAUAAAUAUGCAGAUACGUUUACACUUCAAACUUAAUUUGAACAUUCUAAAAAAUGACUGUUCAAGUAUAAUAUUUUUAUUGUUAAUAAUUAAAACUAGUGUGUGUAUUAUUGCAAUUGAUUUACAGCCUGUAAUGCGUCCAAAUCUACCAGCAGGAGAAUUUCGUGUCAUAUUCAAAGGAUUCUGUUUUUGUAAAUUAACUAAUCACGAUCCCAUCGAUUAUAAUUUAUAUUUGAGUAAAAAGUCAUCAAAAGUAACCGAGAUAAAGGGAAAUAUUACUUUCUCAGUGCCAUUUGAUAAAUCUAUUAAUAUGGAGACAGUUUUUGCGGUAAAAGGUUCAAAUGGUGGAUGGAUUGACAACGCUCAUGUAAUUCCUUUGAUUAGCAAUGCUUGUGAUGUCUUAAAAUCUAUACUCGGACCAGAGACUUGGAAUGUUUUUCUCACUGCUUUUAAUAUUUCUAAAGUUGGAUGCCCUAUAAAACCGGGCAUAUACAUUUCAUCCGGAUUAGACACAGCACAUUUGAUGAAUGGUAAUUUUUUUCCUAAACAUUUUUUUUACGGAGAUUACAAGGUAACUGUAAAGUUUUUAAGCUACACAAAGAAAUUUCUUGGCUGUGUAUCUUUAUUAACUGAUUUUGUACGUCCAUGGGAUUACUGA